AAAACCCGCGCACGGUCACUCCACUGCCCACGCGUUAGCACACUUUUUUCGGUAUUUUACAUUUAGCAUCAACCACAAUGGCGAAUACAUCAAGUACCGGCGUUGUGGUGCCACGAAAUUUCCGCUUACUGGAGGAGCUGGAUCAGGGCCAGAAGGGCGUGGGCGAUGGCACCAUAUCGUGGGGAUUGGAGAACGACGACGACAUGACGCUCACCUACUGGAUCGGCAUGAUCAUCGGUCCGCCUAGAACACCAUUCGAGAAUCGAAUGUAUUCACUAAAGAUCGAGUGCGGCGAGCGCUAUCCGGAUGAGCCACCCACGCUCAGGUUUUUAACUAAAGUAAACAUUAACUGCAUUAAUCAGAACAAUGGCGUGGUUGAUCAUAGAUCAGUGCAGAUGCUGGCCAGGUGGAGUCGCGAGUACACUAUAAAAACGAUGCUGCAGGAAAUUCGGAGGAUUAUGACCAUGAAAGAGAACCUGAAGCUGGCACAGCCGCCAGAAGGAAGCUGUUUUUAGUCGACAACAUCCGUUAGCAACACCAGCAGCAGCUGCAGCAGCAACGACUGCAACUCCGGCGGGAGCAGCAUCAGCAUCCACACCCAACAAUAAUAGCAGGAAAACCCCAUCAGUCCAACCAAGUCCAAGACCAAGGUCUCCACAUUCGUGGCACAGAUUCGUGUGGUGGCUGCUCCCGCGGAUUGCUUUCGGCGGCAGCGAAUGAUUAUAAUGAACGUAAUAAAGAUCGAGUGCGGUUAUUGUGGCAACAACAACAACCAAAUGCAAGCUAUACUAUAAGUAAAGGGAACAGCAGCGAAAAAUGCGAUAGAAGCGUCACUAUGAAAAGGUCGUCGUCGUCGUCGUCCCUUCCGUCAUGAACUAUGUCAUCGUGUUUGGUUACCUUACUUCUACUUCUACACUUCUUAAAUAAGAAAUAAAACAGCAAACAGCAGCGAGCGAAACGAGUAAAUGCCUAUGAGAAAGACGCGAAAGAAAAGUUUAUAAUUUCAACUCAGCAAACAACAAAUCCGUAAACUAAUCGAACAGAAAAGCAAAGCAUGAAAAUGAUAAAGAUUAAAUAAGAGAUCACAGCAUGAGAGCCGACUUAUUUGAAAAGAUAAGCGUAAUUAUUGUUUUUUGCCUAAACUAAAAAUUUAUUAAUUAUAUACAUAAAGCAAAAUAUAUAUUAAUUUAAAUAAAACAACAACAUGUCGAACAGAAUUUUUGUAGACGGCGCCAG